CCCAAUUUUCACUACGAUUGUUGUAUAUUACUGAAAUUUUUGAGAAUAAAGGAUUUUGCGCCUAGAAAAUAGCGCAGGAUUGUCUUUUGUGUGUAUGAUUCUAGGUUAAUCGUGUUCUACUCAGUUUUUGAGUUUGCUGCUUAACCCAAGCGUUAUACUAUAUGAGAGCGGUUGACUCCGUCCUUCAAUUCGGAGAAGGAUAAAAAUUGAUCUCUAUUUUGCUUUAAGUAGACGAAAGUUUUGAAUGAUAACUUGGAAGAAUGCCAAUCCGUCAGGCAAGAAAAGUUUCUUCCAAGUCACUUCCCACAUAUGUAAACUCUAGUACUACUAGCUUGGCCAACAAAGAUGAAACCAACAUAUCUGAGUAUAUGAAGCUUCGUUUGCUUCAGCCACCAUCGAAAGUUUUAUAUUCUCUAGAAAAUACUGUAUCUUUAUAUAGGCGUUGCGAAAAUAUACGGAAACGCUUACUGAUGAUACCAAACCUCAAAUAUAUUCUGGAUUAUAUACAUUCAAUCGCGGAAGUUACUCCUUUCAAAGUUUUGCAUAUUGAUGGGAUCUCUUACGAUGACCCUGUAACUGAAAUAUGGCUGUUUUGCCGUUUUGGCUAUCCUCUUUGCGCUUUAUAUAAUUUGGUUUCUCCUGACCAACCCAUAAAUGUGAAUUCCUCUGUUACUUUGGAAAACAGAAAUGCCUGUAAAGCAGAACUUUACAGAUUUUUGUUAAUGUGCAAAAAGAAUCUUAGGUUCGGGGAUAAUGUUCUCUUUUCUAUCUCUGAGAUUUUCAGUGAUUCUACGUCCUCAUUAAUUAAAGCAUUGAAAACUGUUGAAACUUUGCUUGACAAAUACGAAAAUUCGCCGGCUGGUCAUCAAUUGAAAGUAGUCAAAGAAUCCUCGCCAGGUAUGCUUCAUUUUCUUAUAGAAACUGGUCAAAGAGUUCUUGCAGAAAUCUAUGAGACAGAAUUAAAAUAUAUCCAAGACCUGGAGUACUUGUCUGAUUUUAUGACUACUUUACAGCAACGUAAAAUAUUAUCUCUGGAAACGGUACUUAAAAUAUUUACGAAUCUAAACGAAAUACUUGAUUUUCAAAGGAGAUUUUUAGUUGGACUAGAAAUGAAUUUGUCUCUACCACCUCACGACCAACGUAUAGGUGCUUUAUUCCUUGCUUUGGAGGAGCGUUUUUCAGUCUACCAAGUAUUUUGCCUGAAUUAUCCAACCGCCCAACAGCUGAUCAUUGAUAAUCAAGGACAGCUUACUGAGUUAGGCUAUCUUUUGGAGCCUUGUUACGAGUUUCCUGCGUUGCUAAUCAAACCCAUUCAACGAAUCUGUAAAUAUCCGCUCCUUUUAUCUCAAUUAAUUAAAAACACUCCUCAUGAUUAUCCUUAUAAUGAAGAGUUAAGACAAGGAAUGGCAUGCGUUGUUCGUAUAGCUAACAAAGUGAACGAAACCAGACGUAUUCAUGAAAAUAAGUCUGCGCUAAAUGAGCUCGAACAACGUGUUAUUGAUUGGAAAGGCUAUUCUUUAUCAUUUUUUGGACAGCUUUUGCUUUGGGAUGUUGUUAACGUCUCUAAAGCCGAUAUUGAACGAGAGUACUAUGUCUAUCUUUUUGAAAAAAUACUUUUGUGUUGCAAAGAAUUAUCCCCUCUAAAAAAGCAAGCACGCAGUAUUAGCAUAAAUAAAAAGCCCAAGAGGAUGGAUACUCUUCAACUGAAAGGAAGAAUUUUGGUUUCCAAUAUUACUGCCGUUGUGCCAAAUACUAGUGCCGACCCAUAUGCUCUUCAUGUAUUUUGGAGAGGUGACCCGCAUAAUGAGUCAUUUGUUUUAAAAUUAAGAAAUGAAGAGACUCAUAGGCUGUGGCUUUCAACUUUAAGAAGACUGAUAAAGAAAAAAGAGAAUCCGCCCAAAGAUGUUCGAAAUGCAUCAUCUUCAUCUCUUGGCUAUCAUAGCUCGGAUGGUAUUAAUCCUUUAAAGGCUGGUAGCCCUUUGAAACCCUAUUUGAUGCGGACACAUUCGCUUGACGAUGCUUUUAACCAAACGUUAAGCUUCUCAGACCCGAUAUCUAAUCCUACUCCAUUUUCUAAAAACGGGAUUUCUCAAGAUCAUAGAACUAGCCCUGAUAAGUUUGACUAUCCUGAUUUACGCCUGAAUGGUGUAGAUUUGACCAGGUCCAUUUCAAGAAACUCACAAGGAGCGACAGAAUUUAUUGGUAACGAUUCAUCAUCCGUUGUAUCUAAUCCGUCGGGAGCGAGCCAAACUUCUCAUCUAAGCCAGGUGAAUUCCCUUUUAAGUGAUUAUAAUUAUAGCCGCUCGAAUAUUUCCAGACAGCAUUCACAAAUUGAGGAUUCCGAAUCUGGAAUGUUGGAAGAUUUGCCUGAUUUUUCUAAAACUCGAGAAAGUGAUAAUUCCAGUAAUCGACUAUCUUAUAGUGAUGGAUACAAUCCUCAAAGGAGUGAAUCUAUGACUUCAGAUGCACCCGCUGUGGAACGAAGUGAUUCUGUCAUGAUCCGUUCGCAGCUUCAUGAUGUUAGCUUCGCCCUGGUUGUUUCACGAAAUAUUAGUUACGGCGAAUUGUUGAGCAAAGUAGAACAUAAGAUAAGAUUAUGUGGAUUUACGAAGGAUAAUGAUUCAUUAAGGGUUCGGUUAAAGUAUAUAGAUGAAGAUGGUGACUUUAUUACGAUUACUUCCGAUGAGGAUGUUCUAAUGGCGUUUGAGACAUGUACUUAUGAAAUUUUAGAUCCUAAACAUAACAGGGGCAUGGACAGUACAACCUUGCACGUUGUUUAUUACUAAGCUUUGCUAAUGACUAGAUUGCAUAUCAUUGAUAUUAUUUAUAUAGAAGAAUUUAGCAUACAAUACAAUAAAAGUUUCAAAGUAUUUUGGGUGAAACUAUCAGUGA